AUGAAUUCAUUAUUUUUUUUUAUAAAAUAUUUAAUGUUUGCAUUUUUAAUUUUGAUAUUGCAAUAUUCUAACAAUAGUUUUUUCGAAUCUUGGAACAUUAGAAAUAACUCAGAAGGAGCUUUUCGUUUAAAGACUAAAAGAACACUAUCAGAAAAUAUACUUAAAAAGUCAAAAAGUGAAUCCACAGAAAAUCUAUUAGAUGCAUACGAAAAAGAAGAAAUAAAUAAUAAACAAGAUGAAAUGGAGAAAGAUCUUAUAAAAUCAAAGGCACAGAAAUCAAAUUUUCAUUCACAUAUUAUACGAAAACCUUCAGAAACUAAAGUAGAGAUAUCAAACGAAAAUAAUGUUAAUAAACAAAAAGUAACAAAAUGUAAAGAUAAAUUCAUUAGUACUUUCUUUUUUUCUCUUGUUUUCUUGUCCUUACCACUCUAUUUGGUUUAUUUAAGUCAUAUGGAAUACUUUUUUAAUUCUAAAGAUCAUAGUGAAAUAUAUCAUUUUCUAAUGAGUCAUUGUAUUCUAAUAAUUUCAUGUAUUUUAUGUUUACACUUGCGUAGGGUAGUAUAA